AGACGAGUGCUUCGCGCUGCGCAAUGUUUUCAAAUCGUCAAUGAUGUCUGGUGUAGUGCUGACAAUGCCCAACAGUCGUCACUCAAACAUGAGCAAUUCGUACGAUAAUUGCGGUUCAGAAGAACGAAUGGACGUUGAAAUAGACGCUGGUCACGCCGCCACAGCCCGGGGAAACCUAGAGUCGGGAACACGGGCAACAUGUUCAUCAAACGGCAGCGGCGCGGAGGACGACGAAACGGAGGCCGCGGAUCAGGAAAGAGAAGCCACGGGCUCAAGUACUCCGCGCUCCGGGGAUGGAAUGUCGCGUGUCUGCGGCAGAGAGCAGGAGGUGUCGGUGGAAAUCGGGGAGACUUACUUGUGUCAGCGUGCGGAUAAGUCAUGGCAUUCAGCAGAGGUUAUUCAGUCCAGGCUAAACGAGCAGGAGGGCAGAGAGGAGUUUUACGUCCAUUAUGUUGGAUUCAACAGACGUUUGGAUGAGUGGGUUGGAAAGGCUCGUUUGGCAUUGACAAAGACAGUGAAAGAUGCAGUGAGAAAGAGUGUCGAGGAAGGUGGUGGUGGUACAGGAGGAGGAGGAGAUCUUGGAGACCAGCCGGAGAGGAAGAUCACCCGAAACCAAAAGCGUAAACACGAUGAGAUAAACCACGUUCAGAAGACCUAUGCAGAGAUGGACCCCACCACUGCUGCCCUGGAGAAAGAGCAUGAAGCUAUCACAAAAGUAAAAUAUGUGGACAAGAUCCAGAUUGGUAACUUCGAGAUAGAUGCAUGGUACUUCUCUCCCUUCCCUGAGGACUAUGGAAAACAACCUAAGCUUUGGAUAUGUGAAUACUGCCUGAAGUACAUGAAGUUUGAGAAGACUUUCAGAUACCACUUGUCGCAGUGUCAGUGGCGUCAGCCCCCAGGCAAAGAAAUUUACCGCAGAAACAAUAUCUCUGUAUAUGAGGUGGACGGAAAGGACCAUAAGAUCUACUGUCAGAAUCUAUGCUUGCUUGCAAAGCUCUUUUUGGAUCAUAAAACACUUUACUUUGAUGUGGAGCCAUUCAUCUUUUACAUCCUUACUGAAGUCAACAAACAGGGAGCACACAUUGUGGGUUACUUCUCUAAGGAGAAAGAAUCCCCAGACGGAAACAAUGUUGCUUGUAUUCUCACUCUGCCUCCAUACCAGCGAAGAGGAUAUGGAAAAUUUCUAAUUGCAUUCAGUUAUGAAUUAUCUAAGCUUGAGAGUACAGUGGGGUCUCCAGAGAAGCCUCUUUCGGACUUGGGGAAGCUAAGUUACAGGAGUUACUGGUCAUGGGUACUGUUAGAAAUUCUGCGAGAUUUCAGAGGGACACUGUCCAUUAAAGACCUCAGUCAAAUGACAAGUAUUACACAGAGUGACAUCAUCAGCACACUGCAGUCUCUAAACAUGGUCAAGUACUGGAAAGGUCAGCAUGUCAUCUGUGUCACACCAAAACUUGUAGAGGAACAUCUCAAAAGUGCACAGUAUAAGAAACCUCCAAUAACAGUGGACACACAUUGUUUGAAAUGGGCACCACCUAAACACAAGCAGGCCAAGAUCUCCAAAAAAUGAGGGAAUCAUCCACAUCAAAAGAAAGAAAUCAGACCGCCCCUCACCCCAAACGUUUGUCACAAAUGUAGAAAUACUUUCUCAAUGAGGGAAGAAUAAAAGAUGUACAUUGUCAUUGUAUUGAAUAUGUUAUCUCUUUUUUAAAUAAAUGAAAAAACAAUCA